AUGGAAGACGGUGCAAGUACUGAAAUAUCUCCAGCAACAGGUUCGUCCUACAUAUCUACUCCUCCUAAAACAUCGUCUUCAAAUAUCUCAAGUGUGUCAAGUAUUGAAAUAUCUCCAGCAACAGGUUCGUCCUACAGCUCUACUCCUCCUAAAACAUCGUCUUCUAAUAUCUCAAGUGUGUCAAGUACUGAAAUAUCUCCAGCAACAGGUUCGUCCUACAGCUCUACUCCUCCUAAAACAUCGUCUUCAAAUAUCUCAAGUGUGUCAAGUAUUGAAAUAUCUCCAGCAACAGGUUCGUCCUACAGCUCUACUCCUCCUAAAACAUCGUCUUCUAAUAUCUCAAGUGUGUCAAGUACUGAAAUAUCUCCAGCAACAGGUUCGUCCUACAGCUCUACUCUUCCUCCUAAAACAUCGUCGUCUAAUAUCUCAUGUGUGUCAAGUACUGAAAUAUCUCCAGCAAGCAAUAAUUCAGCUGGGACAUCAAAAGGAAAGUCCCCAAUCCCAAGUGAAGAUCUUGAAGUCCAUCAAGGAGCCGCUCCUAAUCAUCACUCGAGUAUGACAAGUUCUGAAAUAUCUCCAGCAGGCAAUAAUUCAGCUGGGACAUCACAAGGAAAGUCCCCAAGCCAAAGUGAAGAUCUUGAAAGUGAAACUGAUGCGGACGAAAUAAUAUUACAUGAAAAGCGUACCACUGGUGCUCCCCUCCUUCGAGCUGCCAUAAGAGGUGAUUGGCCGGCUGCUAAGACUUUUCUUGAGGAAAACCCAGAGUAUGUUCAAGCUCCCAUAACUAGAGAAAAAUCGACAGUACUUCACAUUGCGGCGGCUGCACAACACACCACUUUUAUAGAAGGAUUGUUGUCUUUGGAAUUAGGGAUGACUCCGGAGGACGUGGCAAUAAUGCAAACCAGUUAUGGAUAUACGGCCCUUCACUCUGCUGCUCAAUCAGGGAACGUCGAUAUUGCUGAACAGCUAGUGCGAAAAAACAAAGAACUGCCAUUCGUCCGUAAUGAAGAAGAAGAAAUGGCACUCCAUGUUGCAGCUUAUCUAGGACAGACAAACUUGGUCUCGCAUCUAUUCUCUGAUAGUUUUUUUGAAAAGUUGACUCGUGAGGAACGCAUUAAGCUCUUUCAUUAUACUAUUUGCAAUGAUAUGUAUGAUAUAGCGCUGAAAAUUCUGGGAAUGGAUGCAGAAUUAGCAACUACCGACUAUAAAGGUAGCCCAUAUGGGUGGAAAGCUUUGCAAGAGUUGGCAAAGAAACCUUUUGCAAUUGGCAGCGAAAGCCGACCAUCAUACUGGAAAAGUUGCUUAAAUUCCUGGUUCAAAGGGGUCUAUAACAAAGAUUUGACAAAGACAAGAGACAACCAUCAUCAAUUAGUUGAUGACCUUUGGAAAAUGGUUCAAAUUCCAAGGAAACAGUUCUUACCAAACUGGGAUCGCUAUGAUGUGACUUUAAUUUUUGAAGCAGCAAAAAUUGGAAAUGUUGAAUUUCUAAUUGAACUUGCAAACUCUUAUCCUGACCUUUUAUGGCAACUAGACAAAACUCAAAUGAGCAUAUUUCACAUUGCUGUUUCAUGUCGCCAUGAGAGUGUGUUCAAUCUAAUAUAUGAGAUAGGUGGUAACAAAGAUAGCCUUGCAUCCUAUGCAAAUUCAAUAACCAAAGACAACAUGUUGCAUUUAGCUGGACAAUUGGCUCCUUUACAUCGACUAAAUAUCGUAUCAGGAGCAGCCCUUCAAAUGCAACGAGAGUUGUUGUGGUUUAAGGAGAUAGAAAAGAUUGUGCCACAGUCAUGCCUAAACAGCUUGAAUUCACAAAACAAAACACCUAAGCAAGUAUUUACAAUGGAGCAUUCAGAUUUGAGAAAAGAUGGUGAAAAGUGGAUGAGGGAAACAUCGAACUAUUGCAUGCUCGUGGCAACAUUGAUUGCUACUGUGAUUUUUGCUGCGGCCUUCACUGUACCAGGUGGCAACGAUCAAACAACAGGAACUCCUCUUUUCUUUAGAAGCAACUGGUUAAUGGUAUUUUUCAUAUCAGAUGCAAUAGCACUGUGUUCCUCUUCCACCUCAAUAGCAAUUUUCUUGUCAAUUCUCACGUCACGUUACACAGAAGAGGAGUUCUUAACGUCAUUACCUUCAAAGUUGAUGCUUGGAUUUGCCACACUCUUCCUCUCCAUGGUGGGCAUGAUGGUAGCCUUCAGCGCAACUUGCUUUCUAGUGUAUACAAGAGUAAGGGCUUGGGCUUCGUUUGCAGUAGUCAUUUCAGUUGGUAUCCCAAUUAUUUUGUUUGUUGGACUACAUCUCAGGCUUUUUGUUGAUAUAUUCCACUCAACUUACAAUUCUAGAUUUCUUUUUCGGCCAAAUGAAUGUAGACUUUUUCAGCAGAAGAUGCAAGACAAACAAAAAGAAAAGAAAAUUGGAAGAGGUUCAAGUGAUCUUGAAGACGGAAGGUAA